UCUUUCAUCGUGUUCUUCAAAAGAAGGGAAGGCGAGAUGAAGAGCUCUUUGUUGCUGUGGGUGGCCUUGGCCGUGUCCUUGGGAUUCGUCCUUGUGGCAGGUUCUCCAGAGGACCCUGAGGACGAUGAGUACGUGCUGGUCAAUAACAAGUGUCAGUGUGUAACAGUGACCUCAAGGUUGGUCCCCUCCAAAGAAAACCCUGAUGAAGAAAUCCUGGAGAGAAACAUACGCAUCAUAGUCCCCCUGAGAGCCCGAGAGAACAUCUCUGACCCCACAUCCCCACUCAGAACCACUUUCGUCUACCGCAUGACUGAACUCUGCAGAAAAUGUGAUCCUGUAGAAAUCCAACUGGGUGGGGAGAUAUACAAGGCCCAGCAGAGCAACUUCUGCGAUGAACCCCAAACCUGCUAUACCUACAACAGGGACCAGUGCUACACCUCGACCUUCCCAUUCAUCUACCGCGGAGAAACCAAACACGUUGAAGCAGUUCUGACACCAGAAUCCUGCUACCCCGAUUAG